UUGAAGGAGGCUGUGGAAGGAGAACUCAGGAGGAGUCAGGAGAAAAAUUCUCUGGAAACAUUUCUUGAAAGGAGGCUCUCUUGAAGGUGGAGGCUGAGGUUGGCAUGAGAAACCUUACCUAGAGAGAUCUUAGGAUGGCUCCUUCCAGUGAAUUGAUGUCAAGAAAGAUCUUCAAAGGAAUUUUAGCACUUGAACUUGUUGGAAUAACUGGAGCAUUUUUCUUAUUUAAUAAAAUGAACACAAGUCAAGAUUUCAGGCAUACAAUGAGUAAGAGAUUUCCCUUUAUCUUAGAAGUAUAUUACAAAUCCAAUGAAUGGGCUGGACUCUAUGGAAUAAGGGAACACGAUCAAGAAAAAUGGUUAAACCGCAAAAAUUAGAACCUCUCCAGUUUGAAGAUUUCUCUCUGAAUUAUAAAGCCAAUCACCUCAUUUAGCCUCCUGUUGAAAAUUUUUUAUACUUUUGAAGAAAAGGUCCACUUGGUUGCAUAAUUACAUCAAAUAAAGUCUUUGACUAAAAA